CCCUCUUUUCCUUUCAGACACCGCAGGACGGUUCGAUCGAGGAUGUCCGAGCGGACCUCUGCAGGUCACGAGAAGCACUGGCCCCCGCGCCGGUACUCUUCACAGUGCUGCAUCUGCAGCGAAUUUUGCGCGUCCCAAGGCUACGGGUUCGACCGGCCGACGGUGAGCUCGUCGACGGCACGGCGCCAAGCUGCAGGUUCUGGACUACCUUCACGCCUUGCAGAUCGCCAUGCGGUCGGUCUGACGGACCCGCCAGCACAAAGGGACCGGCACUGCACCAGAGCCCAAGUCCGUGCCACUCCGUCUCGCUCAGCAACGGCCGUGCCGACAGCUCCCAGCAAUACAUCGCCAAGUGGCACUCCUCUCAGCGUCCCUGUCGCCGCCGCACACCCCGUUACCGAGCGAAGACUAGGUAGGGCCAGCAGUGCCACUCUAGCGAAGAUUCCAGGGCCUCGCCUGUCAGAAGAGAAGGCCUUCAUUCCCCGAGCCUAACCCCAUACGCCCCCGCACGGCCCGCGCGCGCGACCUCCGGCGUUCAGGCCCUCGUCCCAAGGCCUCC